AUGUUCAAGGAGGCCCUGCUGAACGGCAAGGCGCGUGCAGAAACAAAUAGAGGGCGCACGGGCAACUCACCAAAGCCGGAGCGUGAUCUCACAGGCCUAGCCCCAAGCCUUGCCAAAUCUGCCAACACCCAAGGCCCUGCAGCCUCACCAAUCCCAGGUCAUGCCCAAGGCAAAGCCUUCACCAAAUUUGCUAACUCGUGA